UACUCUUCUAUAUACAUGACUUCAACCUCUUCUUUGGUGUCUGAUAUAUUUUUAAUUUCUGGCAUUGGAUUUAUGGUUUGGACUAUUUUUGCUGUUCCCUAUUUAAUUGCCAAGAUUGUGAGAAAAUUAAUUUGGUAUUUCGAUUGUCAGACAAGUUCUUGUCCGAACCUCGUUUUUUCCCGAGAGGCAUCCACCUCUUCUUCUUCAUCAAGAUCAAGAUCAUGCAAGUAUCAUGUGUUUCUGAAUUUCAGGGGUGAAGACACUCGCUCUGCAUUCAUUAGCCAUCUCUAUGCCGCUCUCACAAGGAACGGAAUCACUACCUACAUUGAUGACAACAACCUUCGCAAAGGUGAUGUUAUUUCACAUGAACUUCUCACAGCAAUUGAAGAGUCUAUGUUUGCAAUCAUUGUUCUCUCACCAAACUAUGCUUCCUCCACUUGGUGCUUGGACGACCUCCAAAAGAUUCUUGAAUGCAAACAUAAAUUGGGGCAACACAUCGAAGCAGUGUUCUACGGUGUGGAGCCUUCUGAUGUGAGGCACCAGAAUGGAACAUUCGGAGAAGCUUUCAGAAAACAUGAACACAGAUUCGGACAAAAAAGUGACAAAGUUAGAACAUGGAGACAUGCCUUAACACAAGUUGCCGAUUACUCUGGUUGGACCUCCAAAGAUCAAUUUACAAAGAAACAUGUAUCUCUUAAUAGGAAUGAGGCAACAUUGGUGGAAAACAUUUCUCAGAGUAUACAUGAAAAAUUGAUCCCAAACUUGCCAUCUUCCAUGAACAAGCUUGUAGGGAUUGAUUCAAGAGUGGAACAAGUGAUUAGUCGUCACCUUGGUAUUGGGCAGAAUGAUGUUCGAUAUAUAGGCAUAUGUGGGAUGGGCGGCAUAGGUAAGACAACUAUUGCUAGAAUGGUAUAUGAAGACAUCCAAAGUAAAUUUGAAGUUACUUAUUUUCUUGCAAAUGUAAGAGAGACAUGUGAGAAAAAUGGUAUUGUUCAAGCACAAAAAGAACUUGUUGACCAUAUCAAUGGAAGCUCGAGUAAUUGUAAAAAUGAGCAUGAUGGGAGGAGAAUAAUCCGGGCUUCUUUGUGUCACAAAAAGAUUCUUCUUGUUCUUGAUGAUAUAAAUGAAGAAAAACAGUUGAAGAAUUUGGCCGAGGAGCAAGACUGGUUUGGUCCUGGAAGCAGAAUAAUUAUCACAACUAGAGACAUGCAUCUUCUAAAGAUACAUGAUGCAUAUGAAAUUUACAAUGUUGAAGUGUUAGGGGAAAGUGAAUCCUUUGAUCUCUUUCAUUUGAAGGCUUUUAAACAACAAACCCCUGCAGAAGAGUAUUUGGAUUUAUCCAAACAGGCGGUCAAAUAUUGUGGUGGUCUUCCAUUGGCACUUGAGGUAUUGGGUUCCCACCUUUGUGGUAGACCCAUUAAAGAUUGGCAAAGUGCUCUUGGAAAAUUAGAGAGCUUUCCAAAUGUUGAUAUUUUUUAUACAUUGAAAAUAAGUUAUGAUGGUUUAGAUUCCAUGAACAAGGAUAUUUUUUUAGACAUUGCUUAUUUUUUCAAAGGACGUUCCAAAGAUUAUGUAAUAGAUAUAUUAAAAGGGCGCGGUUAUCAUCUUGAAAUUGGUAUCGCUACUUUGAUUGAUAGAUCUCUACUCACUAUAGAUGAGGAAGGUAGGUUGGAGAUGCAUGAUUUGGUUGAAGAAAUGGGGAAACAUAUUGUAAUUCAGGAAUCUCAAAAUGAUCCUAGCAAGCGUAGCAGGUUGCGGGGUUACGAGGACAUCAAUCUUGUUCUUACUCAAAACAAGGGAACUGAAGCAAGUAGCAUCAUUUUACACGAAUGGGAUUGCUAUGGAAAACCAGGUUUAGUACAUUGGAGAGAUUUAACUUUUUCAGAUAUAUGUCAGCUAAAGCUCCUCAUUUUAGAUGGCGUGGAAGCUCCAAUUCUUAGAUAUAUUCCUUGUUCAUUGAGAGUUUUGCGCUGGAGACGUUGUCCAAUGGAAACUCUGCCCUUUAUGGAUCAAGGCUUUGAGCUAGUUGAAAUUAAUCUGUCUGAUAGCUCCAGCAUUAUACAAGUAUGGCAUGGAAAAAAGUUUCUGGAAAAGCUGAAGUACUUAUCUCUGAAGUACUUAUAUCGGCUGAAACAAAUUCCAGAUCUUUCUGAAGCUCCCAAUCUUGAAAUACUUGACGUUGAAGAUUGUUAUGAACUGGGUGAUUUUCCCUCGUAUCUCACACUUCACAAGAGCCUUGUUAAACUUAGUUUACGUAAUUCCUCAAGUCUUGAAACUCUUGGGAGUAAAUUGGAGAUGAGUUCCCUCAAGGAAUUACGUCUUGAUGACUGCACAAGUAUGAGGAAACUUGCAGAAUUUGGAGAAUGCAUGAAACAUUUAUCAGUUCUUUCUUUGUCGUAUACAGCCAUCGAAGAACUACCCACAACGGUUGGCUGUUUAGUUGGCCUAAAGGAGUUGCACUUAAGAUGUUGUGAAAGGCUUGCUUGCCUUCCAGACAGCAUUCAAAAGUUAAAAUCCCUCAUAUUUUUUAAUCUUUCUGGCUGCCUAAAUGUCCUUCAAUCUUUGCAUUCUCUAUCUGGUCUGACCUCAUUGGAUACCCUGAUAUUAUCGGGGUGUUUUGUCACAUCUCAAGAGUCGUGGUCUUACAAUCUUGGCAACUUAGUGUCUUUGACGAAUUUGUAUUUAUCAAAGAACAAGUUUGUAAGGGUUCCAAUAAAUAUCCAUGAACUCCCCAGGCUUAGAUGUCUAUAUCUAGACCGCUGCCCUAAUCUGAAGGUUUUACCAGAGCUUCCGUCAAGUAUAAGAGAGCUAAAUGCACGAGAUUCUGCAUCACUGGAUACAUGGCAUUUGAAUGUGAUAUCAAAGGUGUGUUGUGGCUUUGCAGCAUCAGCUAACCAUCAUUCUGAUGGGCUCUUGCAAAUGUGGCUCGCACAGAAUGAAGAGGAGAAAAUUCCAUUGUGGUUUGUCCAUAAGGAACUGGGUAAUGGAGUAUCAAUCACAUUGCCACAUAAUGAAACCAUGGCACUUGCUCUCUGUUUCCGAUUAUGCCCAACGGAGACUCGUCCUAAUCUUGGGGCAAAAUUGUCGGUGAUGUGCAACGGUAAGGAAUUCAUUAAAAAGCAUUUAACUGCAGCGCGUGAAACUAAAAAUUCUCAGCAUUUCAUCCUUUGCUUGAGCAGUGACUAUUUUGUUGACCAAUUUUGCCAACCCUAUCGCUUUCAACUGGUAUUGCCUUUGUACCUUGAAAUGAAAGUGGAGAGUUCUGGGGCUCGGUGGGUGUACAAGCAAGACAUCCAAGAUUUGAAGAAAAGUGGAACCCAAACAUAAAAAAGAAAAGCAACUUUUGAUCUGAACUUUUGAAGGCUGUGUUUAUUAUGUUUAUGUGUAAUGGAUUUUCCACGUUUUUGGUUUUCAAUGUUUAAAUUGAGUUUCAUGGUGUCAAAAAAGUAUCUUUAAAGUUUACUUCUCCUUACCACAGGAUUUACUAUAUCCAUGUUCAUUUCAAUUACACUUUCAAUGCACACUUUGGUUUAAGGAUUGAA